AGCUCGAAGCUAAACUCCCCCGCAUUUUUACUGAGCCGCCGUUACAAAUUUACUGAUGUUAAAUACCUUCAAUGCAACAUUAAAAAAAAAACUACCAAGUAUCCCUCAUACACUACAUCAUAGCACAAAAGAAACAAAUCGAAAUGGCAGAGCCUCAACCGAAAAACGUACAAGAGGGCGCAUCCGGAGACGUCGAAGAUGAGGUCCAGACUACCGCCAAGUCGGCCGAGGAUCGAAAGGCUGCUGCUGCUAUGGCGAGUCUCGACACCCGCGGAGAUGAUGCCGGUUCGUUGAACGCUGUUGAUCAGGAGGCUGUAAGCAAAGCCAUGCAGAGCCUUGGGAGCGGCCCCUCCACCGGUGCUGCUAAGGACGCCAAAAAGGUCAAGGUCGACCCUGCUGACGUUUCGUUGUUGGUCGAUGAGCUCGAUCUUACUAAAGCUAAGGCUACCGAGCUGCUUAAGGCGCACGACGGCGACGCAGUAUUGGCUAUGAAGGCGUUUAUUGCUACGUGAAGAAUACUGCGAAUAGACGGGCGAAGUCCUUCUAGCAAAUUGUCGCAUGGGAGGCGUCAUGGUUUUUGGGAACAUGAUAGAGAAAAUGGAUAGAUAUACCUAACGAGACGAUGAGGAGGAGCGCGAACUUGGAAGGCUGGUAGACAGACACCUAACUAUGCUAAGCCUUCCUCAUAUUUACAUACGAAUAAGGCGUAUGAAUAUUUAGGUAUUAAACGCCGAAGAGUAAAGGGAAAGAAGAGUAUUUGAUAACCAGAUUACGGCAUGCGGCCAAAAUGUCCGCCUUAGAGGAGACUCUAAGUCACGUACGCCGGUUCAUAACCGUUUACCGGGUACCGGAGGCCGGACACCGAACGGCGGAGGAUCAUCGUUGGGAUUUACUUGCCUAACCUAGCUGAUUAAAUGAGCCGAAAUACGAAGAAGAUAAAAAAGAAAUUCCCCGAACUCUUUCUCGCACAAGACUACCUACGUGGAAAUGUACCGUCUUAUUCGCGUCUAAACUAAACGUAAAGGAGGCGAAU